UGCAAUUUUUCUGUGGAUAAUUGUUAGUAAAUUUUAUUAUUAUUAUUUGUUUUUGAUUGUAAUUUAUAGCACGUUAUUAUUUAUAAGAUUAAGAUAAAAGAAUCAAAAUUUUAAACAUUUUUGCUCCCUAAAUGUUUUAAAUGAGAUUCUUCCAUUUAUGUAAUUCCAUUAUAAAAUGUUAUGAGUCGUAAUUUUGGAUAUUAAAGGAUUCCAUUUAUUGUGAAGUUGGGUGUUUAUUUGCAAAAAUGACUUCCCAAAACACUCUGAAGUGGUCUUGCGAUAUAUGCACUUAUGAUAAUUACCAUUCAUCUCUUAAGUGCGUUAUGUGUAGGACCCCUAAAAGGCAAGUAUCUCAAGCUCAAGACAUUUAUAGCUUGCGUGAUGAAGCACAAGUAGAACCACAAACACAAUUAAUUGAAGCUACUGGUGAAAUUAGUAAAUGUGAAAAAAUAACUGAAAGUAAUGUUGUUGGUGCAUUAAACGAACAAUUCUGCAACGAUUUAAAAAUAAAUGACAGAUCUAAUUCACCAACAAAUGAAGAGGCUUCAUCUAGUUUAGAUGUUCGUGCACUUGCUAAAUGGUCUUGUUGUGCUUGCACAUACCAAAAUUGGCCUAAAAGUUCUAAAUGUGUUAUGUGUGGAACAAAGGGACCACGUAGAACUUCUCCAUCUCCUGACCAUGCUAUUUGUGAGACACCUACUAUUAUUACAAAACGAGUUAAAUCACCAGAAAAAGAUCUUACAGCAACUAUUAACACAGACUUAAAUAUUUGUACAUUAAAGAGGUCUUCAUCAAGAAGACGUUUGGAUGAAGUGAAUAGCAACUAUGAUCGUGCAUGGCUUGCAGCAUGUGUUGGUGUAGUUCAAGGUGAUUGGAGUCCUAUUGCUGCUUAUUUACAAUCUGGAGGUGAUCCAACAAGAUCUUUAACUACUAAUGAAGUAACAUUACUUAAUAGACCAUCGGCAUUUGAUACUGGACAUACAUUAGUUCAUUUAGCUGUAAGGUUUCAUCGCGAAGAAAUACUUGCAAAUCUUUUAAAUGAAAUAAAUGCUACUAGUACCUCAUCAACCAUAAAACGAGUCCCAUCCCACGUGGCUCAUCAGCUAGCUGAUGAAAUAGGAAGGCAUUUUCUCUCAACUAUUCGUGUAAGAAAGUUAUUAAUGCCUUGUCCUUUUGUAACUGAGUUUGCAACAUUCUCUUUACCAUAUGAAAUUGAAGAACUGCCUAGACCUGUACAAAGACAGCUACUUGAUGAAUUACUGGACCGUAAUGUUCAACAAGAGCUAGAAAUUGAAGAAGUACCACCUGUAAUUAAUUGGUCAACAGAUAUUUGUGAUAGUUUAUGUUCUAGGCUGUAUGCCCUUUGGAAUCGUUCAGCUGGUGAUUGUUUAUUAGAUUCACUGAUGCAGUCAACUUGGGGUAUUUUUGAUAAAGACAAUGUACUUAGAAAAGCAUUAGCUGAUUGCUUGCAUGAAUGUAAUAUGUUAUUUUAUCCAAGAUGGAAAGAAUAUGAAGCAUGGCAAGCCAAACAAUUAGAAUUUUGUUUAGAUGAGUAUCAGUGGGCAGAAGAUUGGGCUGCAUUAGUUUCACAAGCAGAGAGACCUGGUUCAAGUCUUGCUCAACUUCAUGUAUUUGCCCUUGCUCAUGUUAUGCGCAGACCAAUAAUUGUGUAUGCUGUUAAAUAUGUCAAAAAUUAUCAAGGUGAUAGAUUAGGUUAUACCAACUUUGAAGGAGUUUACUUACCUUUAUUGUGGGAGCCCAGUUUUUGUAUCAAAUCUCCAAUCACUUUAGCUUAUACUAGGGGACAUUUUUCUUCAUUAGUACCUGUUGAACCAUUACCACGCGGAAAAAGUACUACAUACUUACCUCUUGUUGAUCAUGAUCACAAACUGUUACCAAUUCAUUUUGUUACAAAAUCAGAAAUGGGUCAUGAAGAAAAUAUCUUACGACAAUGGCUGGAUGUCUGCUUAACAGAUAAUGGUUUAUUACUAGCCAGGCAGCGAUUGCAUAAACGCCCAUUGUUAGUUGCUCAAAUGCUUGAAGAAUGGUUAAACUAUUACAGGAAACAAGCUCAAAUGACAAUUACACCUUUUUCAAGACCUAUAUCAAUACAAGAUUAUUCUAGUGAAGGAGAUUCAGAUCAGGAUUAGUGAUAAAACAAUUGAGUAUCAUUAGUGUAAUGAGUUUCCUAUGUUUGAAAUAUUAAAUAAUGUACAAAUAAAUUUUAAAUAUCUCAAUAAUUGUAUAAACUUUAUUAGUUUUAAAUGAUAGAAUUUUCUUGAUUUCUUUUAUGAAUACAUAAAUUAUAAAUUAAUUAUUAUAAGAAUUUUUUCAUCUUUUUAACAGGGUUAAUAAUAGUAUAUUUUUUUAGUUACUAUUUCAAUUUAACACAUUCUUUGAAGUGUGUUAACUUAUAUCUAUAUAUGUUAAAUAAAGUUAAAAAAAUUAAAAAACAAGAUAAUAUAAGUAUCUUAAAAGAAUCAUCUACAAAAAAAUAUUGAUUAAGUAAAACUUGUCUAAUAUUAUUCGGCUUACAAAAAAUAUAUUUUUCUUAUAUUAAGUAGCUUAUGUACUAAACAUCUUUGUUAUUAUUUUAAAACAUUUAAAAACAGUAGGUGGGUGAUAUAUAUUUAUGGACUAAAUAAAUUAAACCAUAACUUUUAAACAAAAAUCUAUGUAUUUCAGAUAUUUUAUUAUUAUAAUUAUAGAAUUUGUUUUAUUCGUCAUAAUCUACAAAUUUAAAGUUACUUAGUUAUUAUCUCUAGAUAGGUUUUUUACUCACAAACUAUUAUUAUGGUUCUAAAGCACAAUUAUCAAUCAAAUUUACAUAACUAUUAACUAAAAUCUUUAAGUAUAAUAAAACAAUAAUUAAGAAACAAUUCUAGUCAUUGUAGUUCUAUAAAUACUUUCUGAUACUUUAUUUUAGUUUUCACAUUAUUCAUACGAAAAUUGUAAUAAAUUUUUACCCAAAAUAUACUAGUCUUCAAAUGAAAAAAAAUUUUAAUUAAAAAAAAUAUAAAUAUAUAUCAGCAAACAUUUUCAGUUUCCAUAAUAUUAUUUCAUUUUAAAUUAAUCUAAAACACUGCCAAAAUUUGAUUUGCCUGAAAAACAAUUAAAAUAUAAAAAUAACUAGAAUUAAAUAUUAUUUUAUAUUUUUUGUACUUAUAAUCUUUAGUAUCAUACUAACAUUUUGAUUUUUUUUUCAUGUUAUUAAUUUUAAAUAGUUUUAAAAUGUACAUCACAAAUAAAAAAAAAUGUUUCAAAUAAUCUGAAUUUUAGAAGGAGGCACAUUUAUAAAUUUAAAUAAAGAUACAGAUAAAUGUAUUUUGUUCUUUUUAUUGUAGUAAUAAUUUAGCAGACAAAAAAAAAGUAUAUUAUAUAAAAACAUUUUAACUCUUAAAUUUAUUUUGAAAAGUAUGUAUUUUAUAAUGAAAUAUUAAUACAUGUUUAGAUUAAUAAAAUAUUUUAAUUUUAGAAAAAAAAUUUUGCCUAGCAUACAUUUUUAAUUUUUAUUGUUACAUAAUUUGCUUAAAUCUAAAAAUUAUUAUGAUAUAUAGAAAUAUUAACUUAAAAACUAGGUAUUUCUAUUACCCAUAUAACUGGCUACUCUUUUUCUUUUCUUUUUUUAAUAUUAAUGCACUUAAAAUGUUCAAUUUUGUUUUAAUUAAUGAACAAACUUUGUGUUAAACCAUAAUUGCAUAAUGCUUGAAAUGUGAUAAUAUUAUGUAAAAAUUAAUACAUAUUUCAGUUAUAAUUGUUAAGAUUUAUUUGUAAAUUUAAAAUGGUUGUGGACAAAAACCAUGCACCUGGUCUGAUAUUAUAUUUACUUAUUAAUUUGUAAUGUAUCUUACUUAUAUGUUGUUCUGUAUUUAAAAUCAUAAUACAAAUAUAUUUUUAUUAAUGUUAUUAUGAUAGUGAAAUAUUGCUUUAAGUUACUUGAUUAAUAUUUGUUGAUAUGUUUACUUUCAUGAACUAAGUCUAUGUUUUUGGUAUUUUUAGUAUAGUUUUUAAUAUUUUAGUCAGAAAUGAUUUGUAAAAUUACCUAUGCUUUAAUCUUUAGUCAAUGCUAUUGUUUUAGUUAUGCUUAUGUACCAUAUGUUUUUAUAUGUUUGUUUUCUUUUAAUUUUGGGUUUAAGAUUGUUGGUGUCACUUUUCAUAAAGUAAUUAGAUUGGGUUUUUGUUAAUAUAUCUUUAUUUAGUUGUUACAAAACAAAUAAAAUUUUAAAUGUUUAUUAAA